ACGCGAUGUUGAAAGUGAUCGAGAGGGAGCGCGCCAGUAUGUUGGCAGCAAAAGUUAGAGGCUGCUAACAUUAGCAUUAGUAAUGAAACUUAGGGUGAAAUUAACUGCGUCGUGAGAGUGUGUAAAGCCGUGACAGGACUUAUAUUAGUAAACAUGGAGAUUUAUAGAGAAGAGGAGGAGAUUCCGGAUCCUCAUAUGUUCUGCAAGACCAGAGAAAGGGGCUUGCCUGCUGAUCCAGUGACUCAGAGCUUCUGGAUAAAGGAAAGUGAAACUCUUGGACAUGGUGCUUUUCAGUGCCAGCAUUCUUACUGGAGCUCAGAGGCAUGCUGAGUAGUGGCAGUGGUGCAGUUUUUCAGCAGCUGUGGGAAUACUCCACACUUAUCAUACUGGGAUCCAGAUGUAGGUGGAAUGUGGAGAACUGUUUUAGGGAUGUUUGAAGGACGUCCUCAUAUGCAAAGAAUAAUAAGAUGUGGCCUUCUUGGUAUUGACUAUGAUGACGAUCUAGACGACCCAGGCAAUGAUGAUUAUGUUACCGGUAGUUGGAGUCAUGAUUUCCAUGGAUACCCUGCAAACCGCCUGAGGUCAUCCAGCGCUGUAUAUCAGCCUGUAUACCCUUCAGCCCGUAAUUCUUCUUGCCCGUCCCCUUUAAGAUUUCAGACAAAGGAGCACGAUGCUGAGAGAAAAGCCAGAUUAUUAGAAGAAUCUAAAAAAAUGAAAGACAAAGCUGAGAAGAAGCGGCUUAAGAAACGGAAACAGAAGGAAAGGAAACGUCUCGAGAAGCUGGAGAAGGACAAGCUGAACCCUGAAAAAAACGAGGAGGGAAAAGAUGAUGCAGAGGAGGGUGAAGCUGUUAAUGAUGAACACAGAGCCAAUAACAAUACUAGUGUUAAACCGCAGGCCUCAGCCAAAGAUACAGACAGCAGUGACAGUAGCGACGUUUCCAGUGAUGAAGACGGCAACUCCAAGAACGACUCAGGCGACUCAGAGGAACUUGAUAUGACGAGUAGUUUUGUGAGAAAAGCUGCUCUUAUAGCCAUGCAUAAACUGGAGCAGAAGCCCAAACUGGAGAAGAAGGAGAAAAGGAAGAUGCCAGAAAAAGAAGAAUACAAAACAGUCCCCGAAAAAUCACAUGAAGAACGGGAGGCUGCAAAGAAGGACUCUGCUGCGUCCAGCGUUCCCUCCUUUGAAGACCAUGUAAAAAUAAGCACAGAGCUUGCCGUCAUUGGAAAUAAGCAUGCGAGUGCUGGAGACUUUAAUAUGGCUGUGAAGUAUUUCACAGAUGCAAUUAAGCACAACCCUAAAGAGUUUAAGCUAUUUGGAAAUCGGUCCUUCUGUUUUGAGAAGUUGCAAGAAUACGAGAAGGCGUUAAUGGAUGCAGAGUUGUCGCUUGGCAUAUGUCCAGGUUGGGAUAAAGGCCUGUAUAGGAAGGGAAGAGCUCUGGCUGGUCUAAAGAGGUAUGAGGAAGCUGCCCUGGCCUUCACGGAAGUUCUCAAACUGGACAGUUCGUGUGCAGAAGCUGCGCAGGAGCUGAUGCGUGUGCAGAUAACACAGCUAAUGGAGUUCGGUUUUACUCGAGAGCAGAGCUCAAAUGCUUUAAUAAUUCAUGGGACGGUUAAAAAAGCACUAGAAGUGCUGUCUAAGUUAAACGAUCGACCAGGAGCUCUUCCGAACGGCUCUCUCCCACCUGUUCAAGUAGCAAAUGUCACUGGAGUGUCUCCAAUCCUUUCAGCCAACACAAUCGCUGCACCUGCUGCCGCUGUGCGUCCUGCUCAGUCCAAGGAUGCGCUGAAAAAAACACUUAUGAACAAACCUUUGGGCGCAGUCCAGAAUACAUCUGCUGCUCAGAGUCAAUCAAAGCCUAUUCUUACUCAGCCCAUGAAGGCCAGCAACGGCGUUAAUCGACCAUCACUGGAGCUGUUUCCAGUUUGGGUGGGAAACCUGAAUUUCCCAGUAACCGACUCCAUGCUUGCAAACCUGUUUAACAAGGUCGGGGUCGUCUAUAGCGUCAAGGUUUUGACUGCCAAACGAUGUGCCUUUGUUAACUAUACAAAACAAGAAUAUUGUGAUGAAGCAAUCCGACGUUUUCAUGGCUUUGAGCUGAAUCACAACAAGCUCGCUGUCAGGUAUCCGGACAGGAUUCCUGCAGGCUUGGGUAUUUCCAGAUCUGCCCUGAGAGCUGAUGACCUGCCAGAUUAGAACGUGAGGCAUAACGAGAAAAGCCAAAGGACAGUACGUCCUUAGAAACCCAUCCCCGACCACAGAGGGGACUACUGAAUGAAGACCCAGCUGCUACUUGGCCUGAAUGUUGUUUUCAAUAAAUACUUCUUGUCCAGUACAGACUAAUCAACAGUAUCUACAGGUUCUCCUGAUGUAAUAGCUUUAUGUAAAAUUACCUGGUAAGUUAUGUCUGAAAAUAUCGUGUUAUUGUAAGGUGAUGAAUCCAGAUGUUAACAAACGCUUCAUGUUGCCAAGAUUUUCAGUCUGACAAUUUACAUGGAAGGGUUGGGUAUGUAUUUUAAAUGUUAGUAUUCAGAAAAAAACAGUAUAUAAUUUACAUAUUUGUUUAUUUAAAGUCUGCGGAUUAGUCUAAGACUGCAGAGCAGGCUUACAGCUAAGCACACCAGUCUGUUUGAGUAAAUUUGAGUGUUAAUUAAAAAGUUGUUCCGUGGACAAUUUUUGAGUGAUGCAAGUAACAUUGGUCAUCAAAUACAGUAUUACAUAAUUUCUUUUAAACAUGUUAAGCAGCAGGAAUCCCUAAAGUUUUAUGUCGAAAUACUUAAAUAAUAUAUAGAGCCUAAACAUGUGGUCAGCCGGUUUUCCAAAAUUAUCUGUAGGCAUUAUGGUCAUCCAUAAUUCUUAUUAUACGCUUAAUACAGCUGUAUAACACAAGCAUUAUGCGGUUUCAGUGCUCCUAGUUAAUUUUUACCUGAAACGUGUCUUAAAUGAAAAACCUCAAGGGUUGAAAGGCCAUUGCACAUUUCUUUUUUAAAAUAUAUAAGUCCUCAAAUUGUGAAGGUUGUUCUUAAUCCAACAAUUAAAGUUUCUUUAUACUCUGGA